CAUUAAUGCAGCUGUCACCACAGCCCAGAGCAGCAGGCGUCCCAAAGCCAAGUGUCAGACCUGCCUGGUGCUCCUAGACUAAGGAGUGAGCUGCAGACAUGGCUCACUUUGCGCAGGUCAUGGCUGAAGUGGGCGACUUUGGUCGCUUCCAGGCACAGGUGACCAUCCUGAUGGGCAUCCCCAAUUUCCUGUCUACCUUCUUCGUGUUUAGUCAGGUCUUCAUGGUUCUCGAUGAGGCUCACCACUGCUCAGUGCCCUGGGUCAAGAACCACACUCUCAACCUAAGUGCUGCUGAGCAGCUGGCAGUAAGCAUACCCAACGACACAGCGGGCAGACCUGAGUCCUGCCUCAUGUUCCGGCCACCUCCUGACAAUGCUAGCCUGGAAGACAUUCUCAGCCACCGCUUCAAUGAGACACAGGCCUGUGACUCAGGCUGGGACUAUCCUGAGAACAGGCCUCCGUCCCUAAAUAAUGAGUUUGACCUGGUGUGUGAUCAGAAGUACCUGAGGAGAACUUCACAGUCGGUGUUCAUGGCUGGCCUCCUCGUUGGGGCCCUCGUCUUUGGGCCCCUCUGUGACUGGAUUGGCCGCAGACCCUCCCUCCUGGUGCAGCUGCUUCUGUCCGCCAUCACGGGCAUGGCCACAGCCUGUGUGUCCAGCUUUGAGCUUUAUAUGAUCCUAAACUUUGGCUUGGCUACUGCUGUGGCUGGGUUUUUACUCAGCACCAAUGUCCUCCUUUCAGAAUGGGUGGGGCCGUCCUGGAGAACAAGAGCCAUGGUCCUGUCCCAGAGUAACAUUGCCAUUGGAAUGAUGGUGCUAGCAGGCCUGGCCUAUGGUGUCCGCAACUGGAGACUGCUUCAGAUCAUGUGCACCGCACCCGUCUUCCUGCUCGUCUUCUACUUCUGGGUUUUGCCAGAAUCUCCACGGUGGCUCCUCUCCAAAGGAAGGAUAGAGGAGGCCAAACAACUGAUCCAGAAGGCAGCCUCGGUGAACAGGCGGUCCCUUUCUCCAGAACUCCUGAGCCAGCUGAUCCCUGAGAAGACAGGUCCCUCGGGAAAUGCGCUGGAUCUUUUCAGACACUCCUAUCUCAGGAAGGUGACACUGAUUCUCAUUGCUGUCUGGUUUGCGGACAGUCUGGUGUACUAUUGCUUUAGCCUUCAAGUGGGGGACUUUGGCCUGGACAUCUACCUGACACAGCUAAUAUUUGGAGUAGUGGAGAUGCUUACCCGUCUUUCCAGCAUCCCCAUAAUGGAGAAGCUGGGUCGCAAGUGGAGCCUGUUAGGUUCCCUGACUCUGGCGGGCACUAUGUGCAUCAUCAUCAUCUUCAUCCCAGCAGGUUUCCCCACAGUGGUCACUGUGCUGGCUGUGGUGGGGAAGUCAGCCUCAUCUUCUGCCUUCACCAUAUCCUAUGUGUACACUGCUGAGCUCUACCCCACCAUCAUCAGGCAAACAGGCAUGGGGCUGGUGAGCAUCUUCUCCAGGAUUGGCGGCAUCAUCACCCCGCUCGUGAUGCUGCUGGAGCAGUACCACAGGGCUGUCCCCAUGGUCAUCUUUGGCAGCUUCCCCGUCGUGGCAGGCCUACUGUGCGCUCUGCUGCCUGAGACGCAGGGCCAGACCCUGAAGGACACCAUCCAGGACCUGGAGAAGGGGUGCCCCCUACGGUCCCACAACACAGUACCCCAGAGAAAAGAAAUGGAAGCCACAGGAAGGACUUCCAACAUGGGGAAGGCCAUUGUGAACAGUUCGUACUUCUGACUGUGGCCGCUAAGAGCCAGCUCACCAAAAACAGAGGAUUGCCCACGAUAUCUUCUUGAUUUUGUCAGGAUCCACAGGGACAGAGGGGUCAGAGAGCCUUGUUCACGUAGGCAACACAGCAGAACCCAAUGGAAGCAUCAAGGACUGGACUCCUUCCUCUUCACAGCUUGCAUACACAAACUACACCCCAGUACCAUGACUGAGUUGGGCUUGGGUCUCUCUUCAUCUUUCCCAACAGGCUCUGAAGUUAUGACCUCACUGUCCCCUCAACCCGGAAUACUCCACCCUCCUAAACAAAACAGAAGCCAAUAGCCCCAUCCCAAACAAAGCAGCUCAAACCCAGAACAGGAUGCCAGGAAGGGCCAGCUGCAGAAGUAGGUUAACAAAAAUGCUAUGCCAUAUUUACUUUGGGAUGCCUUCUUCCUGGCCAGUGGUCAGCUUGUGCCUCACAUGUGUGAGGCUAGCAAGGAACGGGUGCCCUGCCCCUACCCGCUGUGCCAUGAUGCCCAGUAGGUAAGGAAGAGGGAAGAACUCCUUCUGUUCAUCUGCCGUUGGUUGUUACUUCCCAGCAUGCCCUGGCUCCUCGGCAGUCUGCAUUUGCUGGCUUCUAAGAACUGACUUUGCUGCUGGGCACAUUCUGGGGCCAUUUAGAGGUUCUCUGUGCAGAUGUAAUUGGGGCCAAGCUCUUGUGUACAUUGAAAGAUUCCUGUGUCUUAUCCUGUCAAUCAGGUUAUCUUUAGUGGUUGCUCAUGAGCACUGCAGAAGCUAAGACAUCUGGGAUCCCAGAGGAGAUUCUACCCAGGCCAGAGCUCUUUUCAAUAGCAGGGAACCUUAAGAGGGACACGGUGGCUAGAUAUGCCAAUCCACACCUGACCUCUAGAGGGCACUGUUGAACAGAGAAUAGCUGGUCCAGAGCUAUUUGGUGGUGCAGUUGUCUUUGCUGGGGUUGGUGCAUCAUUCAGACCUGGACCCCAGCCUUCCCAUUUUACAGAGAGUGAUUUUGUUCAGCAUGUGGGAGGCAUUGAGUUCAAUUCUCAAUGCUCUUACCUAUCCACACACUUGCUCAAAACGGGUGAUUUCAUGGGUUACCUCAUAACAAACCUCAAACUCUGCCCGGUAAUGCAAAGUGAAGAGGUCUGGGAGUGUGCUCUCUGCAGGCGACGUCUGGGAUUAAGACCACUAUACUAGACACUGGCUUGAAUUCUGUGUCUGAGCUCUAAGACCUUGCCCUAUUCUCUGUUAACUGUGCCUCUACUCUGACGCAGUCCCUAGGGGCCCGACCCUUAUGUCAUCGACUUCCUCUCACAAGUGUGAACCUGUGUCCUUUUUACUGUGGGCCUGUAGAGAGCCGCGUGAUGCCACGCCUUACAGGUGGCGCUGAUUCCCGCCUUCCACCUUCCCAACGGUGAAUGCUCUCAGGUGUGAACAACUCCAUAUAUGGCUAACGCUAAAGA